UAUCCAGCAUCAUGACUGGGUCGGGAAAGCAGGACGGCAAGUUUCGCGCUAAGGCUGUAUCUCGCUCUUUCCGGGCUCAGCUGCAGUUCCCCGUGAGCCGCGUGCAUCGCCUGCUGCAUAACGGCAACUACGCGGAGCGCAUCGGCACCGGCGCAUCAGUGUACCUGGCGGCGGUGCUGGAGUACCUGGCGGCCGAGAUCCUGGAGCUGGCGGCCAACGCGGCGCGCCACAACAAGAAGACCCGCAUCGCCCCGCGCCACCUGCAGCUGGCCGUCCGCAACGACGAGGAGCUCAGCAAGCUGCUGGGCAAGGUGACCAUCGCGCAGGGCGGCGUGCUGCCCAACAUCCAGGCCGUGCUGCUGCCCAAGAAGACCGAGAGCCACUACCAGAAAGGCCAGCGGAAGUGACCGGCAUCCCGGGAGAGGAAAAGCUCAGAAACCAAAGGCUCUUUUCAGAGCCACUCACAAGGUCAGAAGGAGCUGAGGCGAGACAGUGACUGACAAGCCCUGGCCGGUCUGGCUCUGGGUAGAGCGUCGGCCGCAGACUGAAGGGUCCCAGGUUUGAUUCCGGGUCAAGGGCACGUGCCCGGGUUGCGGACU